UCGUAGCAAGUUUCAACCCUGCCCUUCCUUCCUCUCCCCCCUCUUUCACACACUCUCUCGAAGGCGCAUACAGCCAGACCAGAGGUUUACUACAACUUUCGAAUUCUCUAACAUAGACUUCAGCUUCAGAUAAAAGAAGAUGCUAACAGGGGAUAUACCUCCAAACCAAACUAUCUACAUUAAGAACCUCAAUGAGAAGGUCAAGAAAGAAGAACUGAAGCGAUCACUUUAUUGUUUAUUCUCCCAAUAUGGAAGAAUUCUAGAUGUUGUUGCCCUGAAGACUCCCAAGCUUCGAGGGCAAGCAUGGGUUUGUUUCAGUGAAGUCAUGGCUGCCAGUAACGCAGUUCGGCAGAUGCAAGGUUUUCCAUUUUAUGACAAACCAAUGCGGAUCCAAUAUGCAAAGACGAAAUCUGAUUGCCUUGUAGAAGCAGAAGGAAAUUACGAUCCAAAUGCAAAGAAGAAGAAGAAGCAAGAAGAAAAAGCUGAGCGAAAGAGACGUGCUGAAGAAGCUCAACAAUCUGCUACAGCUAAUGGAACAUCUACUGUGAAUAACAGGGGAACGGCUCCUUUCCGACAAGGAAACAGGGGUGAACAAGAAGCUGCUCCACCAAAUAAUAUACUGUUCAUACAGAAUUUGCCACAUGAAACCACUAGCAUGAUGUUGCAAGUGCUCUUCCAACAAUAUCCAGGAUUCAGGGAAGUUCGAAUGAUUGAAGCAAAGCCAGGUAUUGCAUUUGUAGAAUUUGAAGAUGAUGUGCAGUCCUCCAUGGCAAUGCAGGCCCUUCAGAGUUUCAAAAUUACUCCUCAAAAUCCUAUGGCUAUUACUUACGCGAAGAAGUAACUGACCCUUAGUGUAGAGUGUUUGUCCUCAAGUUCUUGCCUUAAAUCGGUAAGGACGGGCGGAAUGGAGAACUUCUCACACCAUGGUCAUCUUAAAUUCAAAAACUAAUUGGGGAAGUUUUCUCUUUGUAGUUUGCAAGAUGUUCAAUGAAACAUUAUGUUUCAACUUGAUUAUUAGUAGACCUUUUGCUAAGCCAAGUACGGUGAAUGUAUCACUGUUGUCCCUUCACUAGGUGACUGUUAAUGAAAACUGGUGCUCAUGUCACCAUGCCAAAGUGAAUUGAAGAGUGUUCUCUA